CGGGCGGAGCGGAGGCGGAUCCGGAACCUCUCGUGUGGCUGCAAAGCGCAACGUUUCACGUCCUAAUUUUAGUUUGUCUGAGGCUGUUUUGAGCCGUCAUGGCCUCACUAAAGAUAGCAGAGCGAUAAGUUGCUGGGGUUCCAAACCGACGCCGUAUGGAAGCGGACAGCGGGGAUGAGUUUAUUGUGAAAGUCCAGUGUGGAACACACAGUAGCCAACGGCCUCAACGGAGGGAGCAUAGGCACACUCAGCAAGAGCUCCUGCUGUAUAGAUGGAGCGGUUCCACUGGUUGCAGCAUCGCUGUCGACAGCUGUUGGCAGGCAACUCUGGGCAAGGCUGGUACUCUGUGCCUGAUGGACUAUCAAACAAAAGCUCCCUGGACAACCACAACUCCCAACACAGAUUCAGAGGGAAGCGGAGAAUGGUGUUGGCCUGUCAUGGGCCUCACCAACAAGAGUUCCAAGCUGUUUCCAAAAACUAUAAGGGAAAUGCAAUCCGCACUACCAAAUACAACUUGUUGACUUUCAUCCCCAUGAACCUGUUCCAGCAGUUUCAUAGGGCUGCCAACCUCUAUUUCCUGUUCCUAGCAUUGCUGAACUGGGUGCCAGUUGUUGAAGCGUUUCAGAAGGAAAUUACCAUGAUUCCUCUGCUGGUGGUUCUCACUGUUAUUGCCGUCAAAGAUGCCCUGGAAGACUACAGACGGUACUUGUUUGACAAAAAGGUCAACAACAGUGUUGUGCGAGUGUUCUGCGGCACACAGAAAACCUACAUUGACCAGUGCUGGAUGGAUGUGCGUGUUGGAGACUUUGUACGCUUGUCCUGUAAUGAAAUCAUCCCUGCUGACAUGCUGCUGCUGUAUUCCUCUGACCCUCGUGGGGUUUGUUACAUUGAAACUGCCAAUUUGGAUGGCGAGACCAACCUGAAACAGAGAGAGGUGGUUUCAGGCCUCCCUUUUCAGGGAGUAGAGUUCACCCCUGAGAGCUUCCACAGUCGUAUUGAGUGUGAGAACCCCAAGAAUGACCUCAGCAGGUUCAGAGGUUACAUAGAGCAUUCCAGUGGGGUUCGUGUUGGCCUCCAUAGCAGUAACCUCCUGCUUAGGAGCUGCACCAUUCGCAACACUGAGACUGUGAUAGGCAUUGUGGUUUAUGCUGGUCAUGAGACUAAAGCUAUGAUGAACAACAGCGGGCCGAGAUAUAAGCGUAGCAAGCUGGAGAAACGUCUGAACACAGAUGUCCUGUGGUGUGUGUUCCUCCUCCUCAUCAUGUGUCUGAGUGCUGCUAUAGGUCAUGGCCUCUGGCUGAAGAACCACAGUGACCCUGUCUUUCAGGUUGAUGGGGAGAUGUCUCCUGCUUUGGCUGGAUUUUAUGUAUUCUGGACUAUGAUCAUUGUGCUGCAGGUGCUGAUCCCCAUUUCUCUGUACGUGUCCAUUGAGAUUGUGAAACUGGGUCAAAUCUAUUUCAUCCACAAUGACUUAGCCCUGUACAAUGAACAACUGGACUCCAGGAUCCAGUGCCGGGCCCUCAACAUCACUGAAGACCUGGGUCAGAUCCAGUACCUGUUCUCUGAUAAGACAGGAACAUUAACAGAGAAUAAGAUGGUGUUUCGCCGCUGCAGUAUCUUUGGGGUUGAAUAUCCUCAUGAGGAAAAUGCUCGGAGGCUGGAGGUGUAUGAGGCAGACAGUAACGAAGCAGCUGGUUGCUCUGUGACUCUGAAGUCAGGCUGCAGUGGCAAAUCUCUGAGCUGUCGUUCCCUUAGCUGCAACCGCAGCUCUGUGUCUCUGCACACACUCACUGCUGAGCCGGCGGAGGAGGAGGACCAACUGUCCACUCAUGUCCAGCCCAGGUCCAGUGCCUUCUGCAGCCGCAUGACAAAGGAGGUGGUGCCAGACCCUCAGCUGGUGAGAAAGUUCAACUUGCUCUGCUCUCCUGUGGUCCACCUGACUGAGUGCUGCUCUGAGAACCCAUCCUCCUUGGAGCUCACAUACAUCACUGACUUCUUCCUGGCUCUGGCGAUCUGUAACAGUGUGGUGGUCUCCUCACCUAGCCGGCCUCCACAUGAGGUGCCUGAAAUACAAACACCUCUCAAGUCCUUGGAAGAAAUUAAGCUGAUGUUUCAGCGCUUCAGCUUCUCUCCUUUCUCAGCCCUCUCCUCCCACUCAAUUCCUCCUCCCAUCAAAGGCAGCCCUCACAGCUGCGCCAGCAGGCUGUUCACACGAGGGAAAACUGGCUCCCUCACUUUCUCUACACCUCCUAACGAUACCACAGACAGGUCAGACAUAGGCCAAGAAAGCAAACUGGAAACCACCAACCAUAAGGGUGAGCUGGACUCAUCUGCCGUAAGGGAGAGAGAAGAUGCUGUACAGAUGGAGGACUGGGAGACAGAUGAUAAUUUCAGGGAUGCAAAGACAAACCCUGACAUGGCCGUGCAGGCUGUGGAGAACCUGAACAGAGAAAUUGCCUCUGAUGGGGACACUCAUCAUGAACUGCUGUAUGAGGCAGAGAGUCCAGAUGAGGCAGCUCUGGUCCAUGCAGCGCAGGCGUAUCGCUGCACCCUGAGGGGUCGCUCUGCAGACAGCCUGCUGGUGGAUCUGCCAGGACUUGGCUCUCUGGCUGUCCCACUGCUCCACAUUUUGCCCUUUGACUCUAACAGGAAGAGGAUGUCAGUGGUGGUCCGCCACCCACUCACAGGACAGGUAGUGGUUUACACCAAGGGAGCAGACUCUGUCAUCAUGGACCUGGCUGAGACUCCUAAGGGUGAAGAGCAGGCUCUGGACAUGUACAGUCACAUCAGAGAACAAACCCAAAAACAUCUGGAUACCUAUGCCAGAGAAGGCCUCCGCACACUCUGCAUCGCUAAAAAGGGUCUAGAUGAGAAAGAGUAUGACGUGUGGCUGAAGGGACAGCUGUUGGCAGAGAGCAGCAUAGAGAACAGAGAGGAGCUGCUGCUGGAGUCAGCUGAGAGAUUGGAAACCAACCUCACUCUACUGGGUGCAACAGGGAUUGUAGAUAGACUGCAGGAGGAGGUCCCAGAGACCAUUGAAACCCUUCAGAGGGCUGGGAUCAAAGUCUGGGUUCUCACUGGAGACAAACAGGAGACUGCCAUCAAUAUUGCCUACGCCUGCAAACUUCUCCAUGCCAGUGACCAGCUGCUGACAGCCAACUGUGGAAGCAAGGAUGCAUGUGCAGCUUUACUUGAGGAGCUCAAACUGGAAGUCCAGUGUGGUGAAGGUAGUUUGACUGACCUGACUGCAAGAGUGGAAUCCUCCUUAGUCAGUGUGACUGGAUUUAUUCUGGUUAUCGAUGGCCAGACCCUUAACUGGGCCCUGCAGGAGGAACUGAAGAGCAAUUUUCUGGAGCUGACCUGUAGAUGCAAGGCAGUCAUUUGCUGCCGGUCCACUCCGCUGCAAAAGAGCCAAGUUGUUCAACUGAUCCGGGACCAGCUUGGUGUUAUGACCCUCGCUGUGGGUGAUGGAGCUAAUGAUGUUAGCAUGAUUCAGGUGGCUGAUGUGGGCAUUGGGAUAUCUGGUCAGGAGGGAAUGCAGGCUGUCAUGUCCAGCGACUUUGCCAUUUCCAGGUUUAAACACCUUAGUAAACUGCUGCUGGUGCAUGGACACUGGUGUUACUCUCGUCUUGCAAACAUGAUCCUCUACUUUAUCUACAAAAAUGUGAUGUAUGUGAACCUGCUGUUCUGGUAUCAAUUUUUCUGUGGUUUCUCUGGGAGUGUCAUGACCAACUCUUGGGUGCUCAUCUUCUUCAACCUGCUCUUCACUUCCAUUCCUCCUCUCAUCUACGGCAUCCUUGACCAAGAUAUACCUGCAGACACUCUGAUGGAGCUACCUGAGCUCUACCAGGCUGCACACACUUCCAAGGUCUAUGUUCCCAAUAUGUUCUGGAUCACGGUCGUGGAUGCUUUUUACCAAAGCCUUGUUUGCUUCUUCGUGCCUUACUUUGCAUUUGCAGGAUCAGACGUUGGAGAGCUGUCCUUUGGUUCGCCGAUCAAUGCCUCAGCACUCCUCAUCAUUCUACUGCACCAAGUCAUCGAGAGUAAAACUCUGACGUGGAUUCAUGUACUCGUGUUGCUGCUCAGCGGUGGCUUCUACUUUGGCUUUGUGCUACUCUUUAGUGUGAUCUGUGUGACCUGCAGCCCUCCUACCAACCCACUGGGAGUAGAAACACUCCAGAUGUGCCAGCCUCUCUUCUACAUCGUAUGUGCCCUCACUAUUGUGACGGCUCUUCUCCCCAGACUGUUGUUUCGAGCUCUACACAACACCUUGUACUCCUCUGCUGUGUGGAAAUCAGCUCAAAUGGACAAAAUGGAUUCAGAAGAGUACUGCAGGAAAAUGCAGUGUUGCACACUAAGCCGCUCAAGAGGCAACAGGGUGCCGGUGUGUGCUGACAACGCUGGCCUGGAGCCCAGCAUGGCAGAAGUGGUGUCCUGACCUUCCUCCACACACACACACACACACACACACAUACACAUGCACACAAAGUCCUGAGGGUUAAGGAAAGACUACUGACAUUUAUGACAAAGAGAAUUAUUUUUUUAAUGCAAUAAAGGGUUUCUUUUCUGUCACACUCCUCCACAGCUUGAUAGCUUCAGCUGGUAUACUGCUCAUUUUGCUACGCAUAAACAGCCAAAGAACUUUAAGAAUAAUUUGCUGUGAAGAAACCAUUUUUUAACUGGACAACUAAUACUUAUGGAAUGAAACAGACUGAGGAGUAUCUGCUGAAAUAUCUCACCAAGCAUUUAUGGGAACAGAAGCUAUGAAACUGAGCAUCAUGUAAAACAAUAAAGAGGACCAGUUAUUGUAAUUUCUAGCUCUAUUUUGAAUACCGGGACUCCCGAAAAGUAGUUUUGCACGAUUCACAGUUCAAAAGAAUCUUUUUAUCUUGUACUGGCCCUUUAUGCAUCCUCAGUGUGAAAUGACGAGUGUUGGCUCCUGUCUCUUUCAGGACCCACUCUCUAAAAGCCCAUCUUCUUCUCAGUGGUCAGCUUCCAGAAGCCAGCACACCAUGCUUGUGAGCUAUACUGCUUGAGUUUCAGGAGUUUGCCUUGCUUGGGGCAGAUGACCAUGUAAAUAAAUCCAUGGUCAGCAUGAAAGAAAAGCACAGUAGGUUCCCUUUAAAGAUGUUUAAAAAUGCAUCAUUUGAACAUGAUGAAGUCAUCAAGUCAUUAACAUUUUGACAUUAGCCAUAGAAGAAUGAACUAGCCUCUGCUGGCCUUCAGUUUCUGCAGCAGUUUCCUUUGUGAGUUUUUGUUGUACACCUGCAAGGCUACGUUCACACAGCAGGUGAAAGUCAUUAAUCUGAUUUUUCUUUUCUUAUAUAUAAGUUGUCUUUCAACCAUAACUUGUGAAAAGUGUUGUUCAGUUGUCACAGUGAUAGCUGAUCCAUGAACAGAGAAAAGAGUUACCAUCCACUCAAGAAAAAUGUCAUGCAGUGUGAAAGUAGCAAAAGAGAUUUCUUGAUGGCACAAACAGGAAAGAGUUGUUCUUUCGACACAAAUGAGACGAGCAUGAUCAGAAUACAAUUAUUACUUGGAUAGAGGCAUAGCAGGACCAGUACCAUUUAUGUGUGUGAUUAUUGGUUAAUGUUAACUGCAGAAUCUUCACAGACAUGUUAACUACAGUAUACCAAGUUACCUUUUUUCACCAAAUCAUCUUGUAGCGCAUUUGACUCUGGUAUCUUUUUAAUCUUUAUAUAACUUGAUGAUGAACAAACACAUGGCAUGCUGCUUGGAGUGUGUUUACAGACCUUUGAGCUGUGGGUGUGAGCAAUGACAGAUCAUACCAUGAGUGGCCUGUUUCUGUGUGCUCAGCUGCUGUCUUUGCAGUGGUGGCAGCAGCUGGGGUGAAUGAAGGAUUAAUCAGAGUCAUGCUGACUUCAUUUUGGACCAGUGUGUUUAAUUACUUUUGCAUUUAUAUUGCUGUAAUCAACAUUCAGUAUGGGGCUCUACUAGCAUCUUUACUUGAAAGACAUGAUUGUAGUAUACAACAAAAACUGAUGCUGAGGUGUUUUUCAAGUUAGACCGUUGCGUCUGUAUGAGUCAUAAUUCAUGAGUGGGCUCUACCAACAUGAAUGAAAAUAGACCAGAUUAAAUCAAAAUUGAAAGGUAAUUCUGUUCCCAGUAACCCUGUCUGUAGUAUUUUCAAGCUCUCAAAAUAUAAAGCACUUUGUCCACUAAGGUCGAAAAGUGCUCUAUUAGUGCAGAAAAUUAGUUGUUCAAUUGUAUUCGUUCAAGUUGUGUUGUUAUUAUGAUUAUUAUUGACAAAAACAACUGAUAUUAAUAAUAACUAUUAUUAUAAUAACGACAACAAUGAUGAUGAUAACAAUAAUGAUAAAAACUUGAUAUGGUUUCAUCCUCUUUCCCUUAUACUACUAUUGAGACAACAAAUAUGUGUUUAUGUCAAAUAUUCUGUUUGUCUCACACAAUUAAAUCCAAGUUAUAGGUUUGUUGUGGAUUUUGUGAUUUUGCCAAAUUAAACAUAAAAAUAUUUGUUUGAUCCACAAAUUCUAAUAAUCUCUGUAAUUCAAAUGUUAUUUUGUUCUCAUUGGUCCAGCGUCAGUUGUCUUCCAGUAAAUGCAUUAAGCUACUCAAUUACCCCCAUGCGUAUCACAUUUUGAUCUUUCUAUGAAGGCCUAUCUGAUUAAACUGCUGUCCACAGCAGUCACUGGUGAGACUUUUUAUACCGUCAUUCAGUUGUUUGAUUGAUUGAUCAAAUGAAUUCUACAAACUUUCUGUGACUGUUUGAACUGUUUCAUUGAUCACAAUAAACAGAUUGUUAAUAAGA